AUGGUUGCAAUCGUGCGAUCGAUCUUGGUCAACCUUCGUGACAAAUCGCAUUGGCUCAUUCGAGUCUUUGCGUACAUAAUUCGUUUUACAAAAAGAUCCAAAAGUUCAAGGGAUUUCAAGGGAUCCGACCAUUCUCAGGAGAUCUCAUUUUUGCAGAAUAAGAACAUUCCACGUAUAUCUUUCAAUGAGCAGCAACAGGCAAUUUAUCGUCUAAUCAAAAUAAUACAAACGAGGCAUUUUUCAAGUGAAGUGAAGGCACUUAGUAGCUGCAGGGCUGUUCCUACAAACAGUUCUAUCUUAAAAUUAAAUCCAUUUCUUGACGAUUCUGGCAUCUUACGUAUCGGCGGUCGUUUGAGAGAAUCCUCCUUACCUUAUGCCUCCAAGCAUCCCAUGCUGUUGCCUGGAAAUCAUCCAUUUUCCCGCUUAAUUGUGAUACACGAGCAUGAAAGGCACUUUCAUGCUGGACCACAAGCUACUCUGGCCGCCGUACGUGAGCGUUACUGGCUCACUUUCGCGCGUAACGUCAUUCCACAAAUUCUCAGGAGAUACAUCGUCUAUUUCAAGAGUUCACCAAGAUUCGCUUCCGCUAUUAUGGGAAACUUACUGGAACCGCGGGUUAAAAUUUCUUCAAAAAUAUUUGGUCAAUGUGGAGUGGAUUAUGCCGGCUCCCUCUAUUACAAGGAAGGUGCUAGAAGAUCCUAA